UUCAUGAACCAGUGUUUUGAAAGCGCCCAUCGCUGCAUUAAUAAUGCUUAUAUUUGAAACCAAAUCAGUUUCGAUUGUAGAAUGUCUUAUAGAGAAUAGAAUGUAUUAAAACUGACUAACGGGUAGCCUAUUCUGCGAAAUAAACUUGAUCGAUAAAGAUGGAGCAGCAUGAAAGCAACCAGACAACACAGGCACCAGAUGUGAAGACAAAAACCUGCCAGUCGUCACCUAAACAGGAGCAGAACAGUGAAACAGAGAAUCAGAAUGAACAAAAAGAAGAUUCUGUCACUUGGCAUGAAGGUGGGAUGUAUUUCUUUGAGCAAGCAAGUCUUGAGGAGCAAAUGAGAAUUGACUCUGAAGAGAAACCAUUCAUUUGCUCUCAGUGUGGAAAAAGUUUCACAGUGAAACAAAAGCUUGAGGCUCAUUUAAGGAUUCACACUGGAGAGAAACCAUUCACCUGCCCUCACUGUGGAAAAAGUUUCACGCAACAAGGUCAGCUUAACAUUCACAUGAGAAGUCACACUGGAGAGAAACCUUUCAUCUGUCCUCAAUGUGAUAAGAGUUUCACAUCGAAACAAAGCCUUAAAAGUCACAUGAGAAUUCACACUGGAGAAAAACCUUUCACCUGCCCUCAGUGUGAAAUGAGCUUCACACAGCAAGGAUACCUUAAACGUCACAUAAGAACUCACACUGAUGAGAAACCUUUCACUUGUCCUCAGUGUGGGAAGAGCUACAAAGUCAAACAAAGCCUCGAGAGUCACUUGAGAGUUCACACUGGAGAAAAGCCGUUCAUCUGCCCUCAGUGUGGAAAAGGAUUCACAGCAAAACAGUGUCUUAAAAGUCACAUGAGCAUUCACAUUGGAGAGAAACCUUUCACCUGCUCCAUCUGUGGGAUGAGCUUCACACAACAUCAAAGUCUUAAACGUCACAUGUGGACUCACACUGGAGAGAAGCCUUUCAUUUGCCCUGAAUGUGGAAAGAGUUUUGCAGUGAAACAAAGCCUUGAGUGUCACAUGAGAAUUCACACUGGAGAGAGACCUUUCUCCUGCGCUCAGUGUGGAAAGAGAUUUGCAGUGAAACAAAGCCUCGAGAGUCACAUGAGAGUUCACACUGGAGAGAAACCUUUCUCCUGCCCUCAGUGUGGAAAGAGAUUCACAGUGAAGCAAAGCCUCGAGAGCCACAUGACCACUCAUACUGGAGAGAAACCUUUCACCUGCUCCGAGUGUGGAAAGAGUUUCACAAUGAAGCAAAAGCUUGAGAGACACAUGAAAAUCCACACUGAAGAUAAGCUUUACAUCUGCCCUUUAUGUGGGAACAGUUUCACAAUGAAGACCAACCUUGAGAGACACAUGAAAAUUCAUACUGAAGAGAAGCCUUUCGCCUGCUUUGUGUGUGGAAAGAGUUUUAGAAUAAAGCAAAACCUUGAUGGUCACAUGAGAGUUCACACUGGGCUGAAGCCCUUCAUCUGCUGUGAAUGUGGGAAAAGUUUCACUGUGAAACAAAGCCUUGAGAGUCACAUGAAAAUUCACAAUGAAGCAACGGCGUUCACCUGCUCCGAGUGUGGAAAGAGUUUCACAGUGAAACAAAACUUAGAGAAUCACAUGAGAAUUCACACUGGAGAGAAACCUUUCACCUGCCCUCAGUGUGGAAAGAGUUUCACACAACACGUACACCUGAAACGUCACAUGAGAAUUCAUUUUGACGCAGUUGGGGAAUCUUCUCUGCUAUCUCCUGUCUACACCAUCCAUCCAGAUGAAGUGAUAGCAGUCAUAGCGUAUCAGGACACCCACCAGCUGUCGGAGCAGAGUGAUGUAGUCAAUCUGUUUAUAUGAUUAUUUGGCCGUGACCAAUAAGAGACCAAUGGGACAAUUUGGUCAGGAUGCCACUUUUACACCCCUACUCUUAAUGAGAAAAUGUUUCUGUUGAUCAUUAUAAUGGAAAAUGCACUGUUUCCCCUUCAUUUUAAAGUUCCACAAUUAUUCUACAUAUUCUAAAUGUUUGUUGUAAUUGUUUGUUAAAGGGAUACUCCACCCCAAAUUGAAAAUUUAGUCUUCAAUCACUUACGACCAUGUCGUUCCAAACCCGUAAAAGCUUUGUUCGUCUUCGGAACACAAUUUAAGAUAUUUUGGAUGAAAACCGGGAGGCUUGGGACUGUCCCAUUGAUUGCCAAGUACCUUACACUGUCAAGGUCCAGAAAAGUAUGAAAGACAUCAUCAAAAUAGUCCUUCUGCCAUCAGUGGUACAAACGUUAUGUUAUGAAGCAACCAGAAUAUUUUUUUGUACACGAAUAAAACAAAAAUAACAACUUUAUUCAACAAUUUGUCUCCUUUGUGUCUCUCCACAUCACUGUUAUUCUUGUUUUCUUUGUUUACAAAAAGUAUUCACGUCACUUCAUAAUGUUACGGUUGAACCACUGAUGGCAGAUGGACUAUUCUGACGAUGAGUCAAUCUUUCCAAAUGGGAUUGUACCAGGAAACCAGCAAAUCUUUAAAAAUUGGUUCCAGCAUAAAGGAUAAGCACAGGUGAGUACCAUUUGGAAGGACAACAGUUUGUCCAAAAAAAAAAAUUCUUUAUUGUUCUACUGAGGAAAUAAAAAAAUGUAAAUAAAAAAUCAAGUCAGAACUUCUCAUUUUUGGGUGAAGUGUCCCUUUAAGUUUCAUUAAUCUGUGAAAAGCAGAACUGUAACACAUGGAAAGUGCUCAUUUUACAUGAAUUUAUCCUAGAAACACAAUGGUUGUUGUUUAAAGUAGGUUUGAGUAAAAAGUCUAUUCAUGACCACAUACACAGUUAAGCAGAAAAUCCCUAAAACCUUUUACUGAUAUAAGAGCAUGUAUGCUUCUGUUUAGAUACAAUCAGAGCUUUGACCAACACAAAUAUCUAAGGUUUUUCAAUAAACUUCUCAUUUCUUAUCAUUUUUUUCCCACCUCAUGCCUUUCUCCUGCUACAGAAGAGUUAACUUGAGAGUCCCUUUGAAUAGUUUUGAAUGUCAGACAAAAAUCUUCCUGGCAGGGAGGCAGUGAGACUUCUGAAAGGACUGGCCCAGUUUUUCCUGACUGAACUGCUGCAAAACAGAAAGUCAAUGUUAGUUGUUUAUCACUUUCAUUCAGAGAUUUAAACAAGUCAAAAUGUACUUUGGCAUUGUUUCAUCCUGUUGUGACUGAUACAGUAUUGUAUAUAUAAGUGAAUCAGCUAUCUUGAGGUAGAAAAAAAUGCAGGACUUGUUUUUGUCCAUCUGAAAUUGACUGGAGCAUUGUUGUUUGCUAUUUUUAUGAUCUUAGGUCAUUGUACACACAUCAUGAGAUAAGAGAUGUCAUUUCAAGGGGUAGGGAAAGUUAUUUUGAUUAAAAAUUAAAAGAGCACAUGAAUUGUAAAUAAUAAUAAUGAUUUAGAAAAAAAAUUAUAAUAAUUUUCAGUAUUUUAGAAUAAAUAUUUCAUUCUUCAAUUAAAUUGUCAAUUUUUUUUUAUUGGUAACUUUAAUAUUUAAGUGUCAUCAAAUAUUAUAUUAUAUGAGACUUUGCAGUCUCAGGAUUGAAACAUUAAUGAUCAAAAUAUUUUCUAUUUUUAAAAAAAUAAAUUACUCGAUUUAAAUCAGACUAACAAUUUAGCUGUUGUUUUUAUUCACAAAUUGUAAGAAGGAACAGCUAAACUAAAGUGGUUCUAUAUGAAUGUACUUAAAUGAAACAUUUCAAAACUAAAGUCUGAUUUAAUAAUUUUAAAACAACGAUUAGAUUUAGAUUUUCAAAACCCUGAAUAAAAAUUCAUAAUGCGUAUAUUUCCGUCAGAGUCUUAAUAGCAGAUGAGUGUUACACAAUAUGAAUUUCAAAGUACAUAGCUGUGUUUGUGUGUGUUGGUGUGUGAGCCCUGUGAUGGACAGCUCAUAUGUCCAGGGUGUUUCCCCGGGAUAGACCCCAGCCCCCCAUGGUCGUACAGUGGAUAAGAGGUUUGGAGAGGGGACGGAUGGAUUAUCUGUGUGAUUAUCCAUUUUGAGGGCUGUUGCUAUGUAGAUUCUGUCAUAUCUGUCAUCUGCUCAGAAUCAAGAUGGCCAUCGUAGGACUUGCAGGUUGUAAUGAAGACAAAGCUUUUUUUAGGCAAUGUAUUAGUCUUUGAAUGUAAAUAAUCCUGUCAAUUCCUACCCAAUUUUUGGUCAAAAAUGUCUUUUUUUUAUUUGCACUGAAUAUAGUAUAUAGUCAUAGAACAUAAUUUUUUUUUGACCUGGUCAUAUUUUGUACCAUCAUGAUGUUUUUAAAUGUUUUAUUCCUAUAGAUUAUUUUAACACCUAACCUGUCACACAAAAGUUGCAGUUUUUUUCUGUUUUUUUCUUAUUAAACGUGUAUGUUGUUGUUUUGUUUUGUUUGAAUUAACUAUUUAAUUAAAACACAUCAC